CCGAUGGAAAACUUUUGUGAAUUUUCUUAAGUAUGUCGCUGCUACCUAUUGCACAAGUGUGAAUAAAAAACUCCGACAUCGAUUCAACAACUUAUGUGAGAAAUGGCUACUUCUACCGUGCAAUGGCUCCUAAAUUCCACUUCAUCGUUUUUUCUGUGACUUCGAACCAUGGCUGAAAUUUCCCUUAAUGUAUUGUUUCAAGCAAAGUUCACCAGACCCACCAGUGUGAGAAUGAGGAGAAUCUGAAUUAUUGUUGUUUCUCUAUUCAGGUUAUGGUGUCAAUUUAUUGGUGGCUUCGAAUGCUGAAGCUAUUCAAUGCGCAAGAACAGCUAAUGAUAUCGAUCCUCCACCAGGCGACAAAUGGACAGUUAAAGGAAUAAAUCAAGUAUUUUACAGUGCAAAUCUUAACGUAACACCAUCAACACCAGGACCUAAGUAAGUGAUUCUUUCCUUUCGUUUUGCAUAUCAAUAUGUGGUAACACUGAUUUUGCAUCUUAGAAAAAACUAGAAUGUCAUUUUCCGUUUUCAGAAUAGAAACUACACUUUUUUUGCUUAUUAUUUAAAUAGUCAUAUAAUCGUCAGUGGUCUUUUGUUAUGGGGGAUUAUCUGACAGUCCUGUCUCACGAGCGAUACUCCGAAUGGCGAUACAUAUCCAAUUCGGGAUGUAAAAAUAUAUCCUGAUCGGGCUAUAUACUGAAGAGGAUAUAUAUUAUAGCCCGAACGGGGUAUAUAUCCUGAUCAGGAUAUGAUAGCCCGAUCAGGGUAUAUUUUUAUAUCCCGAAUGAAAUAUAUAUCCUCCCAAGCAAAUAUCACCUAUAGGAAAAAUCUACACACAUUUCGUCUGUAAUCGGGCGAUACACGACUAGUUGCCAUCUAGAUUACUAGUUGGAAAAGGGACUUUUAACUAGAUGCGUCUGCAGGUGCAUCUAGUAAUAGUUAAAUCAAUCGAUUAUCGGGUGAUAAAUCGAUAGCAGCAACUAGAAAAAAUCUAAUAAUCGCCCAAUUACUAGAUUUGUCGUUACACAGUAGUUGCAGCCGAGUAAAAAUCUAGUAAUCUAGAUGAAUCGGGCGGUACCAGAUGGGUUUUUUUGACGCUUGGGCUCAUCGGGAUAUAUAUCCCUUUCGGGCUAUGUGACCGGACUGUCUGACUGUCAAAGAUUUACAAUUUGCAUUUUUAAAAAUUGAUAUGAGAAAGUUGACCUUAUGUCUGAAAAGCGUUCCAAUGUAUUACGAUUAACUGUUCAAUCGGAUCCCGAGAUAACUUAAAAAAAUAACAGAAAGAACUAUAGAAAUCGAUCGAAAAUCGUCAAUUCCAGAUCUGGUUGAAGAUACAUCCUUUACAUCAACUAUCUUUCUCGCUAGAAAGUUUCAUUCAUUUGGAGGACCUCUCGACCUCGUUUGAUCCUGUGUAUAACGAAAGAAGGUUUGAUAUACAUCUGCAAGUGAAGUGAGAUUUAUUUUGCAUCUCAUUUUCAAAUUCAAUGUGAAUAUACUUUUAAACGUUUAAAAUUGAGUUUGUACUUUCUGCGAAUAUAAACUCUCGCUAUGGGCAUCACGGAGAAAAAGAGUACAGAGAAAGACAUUCUUUCUUCAAAAGAAAGUUUUCUUUUAUUAUUCGUUGUCCGGUUCGUCGCCAGCAGUAAUAUUUAAAUAUUGUUAAAAUCAAGAAGACGCUGAUAUAAGAAUAUCUUUUGUAAAAACGAAAAGUCACUUUUUAGUGUAAGUAUUUUUCAUAAUUAACUUGAAUAUUUGAUAAUAAUUAUUAAAGCAGUUUCUUCGUUUUUGCAACUGGUAUUGUUGAUUGAUGUCCGUAAUAUGAUAAUUUGAAAGAUGUUCUCACUUUCGAUUAUUGUUGACUGUUAGAUAUUUGUUGUUGUAUUAAUCGUUUCACCAUUCCUUUAUCUACUCUAAUACCAUGGUGAAGAACGUGUUCAGGAUAAUCUUUAUUGUUCGGUCUUAUCGAGUUAAAAUGUCUGUAUGUAUGUUCGCAGCCGGACAGACAAACACAUAGAAUACCUCUAUUUUCGCAGUUUCAUGGCAUAUAGCCAUGAAAGGACGGGGGCGAUAAUCUGAUGAAUCGGCUUAUAUCUGAAUGUCAUCGGCUAAUCAGAGGCUUUAUGUAGAAUGAAGAGGGGAAUUUUUCUAAGUAUUUACUAGACGUUAGAGCCACUCAGAAAGAUUUGAUUAAGUUUCUACUACAUCUGAUAUAUAUUAUUAAUCGUAGUUUUGGGCCUUUUUCUCUCAGUUUCACAAUUUCCCACGACUAUUAUGUAUCAGUCGAAAGCUCUUUUUAUUCGCUAUAUUUCUGGAUAUCACAGGUAUGGAGAUAGCCGUUCUGAGGCCAAGUAUAUUUAGAAAUACUGUUGGCUAUAGAAAAUGAUCUCCUAGGUGCAAAAAGUCUCAGAUAUUUUAUGUCAACAUGUCUCAUUCUGCCACUACAAUAAAUAUACCAUUCGAUAGAGAAUUUGUUGAGCUACAAUUUGAUAUGUAUAAUACAGAGAAAAAAAGUGUUAUAGGGCACCUUGACAUCAGAAACGUUUCUGCAAAGUCAGAAUUCUGCUCGUAAUUCUCAGUUUUCUUCAUCAGAACUCAACUUUUAUGCAAUAAAAAUGUCAUAUUUGGAGUCAGGAUUCAAAACUGAGUCGACCGAUAUGUAUUUCCAUCCUUCCGACUACUUUAGUUUUUGUUGAAUUUUCACAUUGAAACAUUACCAAGAUUUUCGCCAGAAAUGAAAAUAAAGUAAAAAUUUUGAAUCCAACGCGAAAUUCUUGUGAACCAGAAUUUGCACAGUCGAAGCAAGUGCCGAAGGCGCGCAGCGAGAUAGCCAUUUGUAUAACGGUUAGCUCGGAUUAUGUAAUCAUAGAUACGGUUUUUGUCUUUCAAAUCUGACAAGAAAUUAGUUUUAGUGUUACCGAACUAAUCUUGUUAUUGGUGAGCGAACAUAGUUCAGCCAUGAUAGUAGUGCGCUGAUGGAAAAAAGAUUGAUUUUUGCUUGUAGUCGGGCGGUAAAAAGAUCAGAUAGAUUAGGGUCGAGUGAUCAACCGAUUGCUGAACCUUCAAAUUUUAUGCACUUUUCGUUGAUAAAUCUAGAUCCGACAUUACAUAUUACUGGUUAUAGUAACCUUUUAUUGACGAUCAAAUACUGUAUUAUCAGUCGUCUAUGGUUUGUACAUAUCUAAUGCGAUAUCUAUUGUUUCAGUAAUUGGUGCUAUGGUGUAUAAUAGAUCAACAUCAAACUACACAUACUUCUUGGUUAUUAUUGUGUUGAAUAUUUUAAUUAGUUUGACAAUCGAAAAGAAUCUGUAAGCAGGCUUUUUGUGAAGGCGGUGGAUCGACUUUUUUGCCUUCAGACAGUAAGGGGACACCUUCUAUAUCCCGAUCAGGAUAUAGAAAAAAAGUAGUAUCCCGAUCGGGAUAUAAAACACGAAAUUUCGUCGUAAAAACGAUUAAGGGGAAAAUGACGACAUUUUGGGGUAAAAUUGACUUCACCAUUAG